AUGGGCUUCAAGGAGUUCAUGAAGAGCCGUUCGGGCUUGCGUGUUGACAACAAAAAGACCACCUCGGCUGCGACUUUGACUCUACGUCAGAGUUUGUGGCCGCUGACACUAGUGACGAUUCUGUUCUUUUUGUGGGGAUUCGCGUAUGGAUUGCUGGAUACCUUAAACAAACACUUCCAAAAUACCCUCCACAUUGACCGAGGACGCUCUGCUGGACUUCAAGCUGCCUAUUUCGGCGCAUAUCCCCUGGCCUCGCUCGGCUACGCGAACUGGAUCCUCCGCCACUAUGGCUACAAAACAGUCUUCAUCUUCGGUCUGGUCCUCUACGGCAUCGGAGCUCUAUGCAUGUGGCCGGCGGGUCUGCAUCAAUCCUUCGGUGGCUUCUGCGGUGCAACAUUUGUGAUUGGAUCGGGACUGGGCUCGUUGGAGACUGCUGCUAAUCCUUAUCUAACGGUCUGCGGUCCCCCUCGCUACUCGGAGAUUCGAAUCAACUUCGCCCAGGCUUUCAAUGCAAUUGGCACUGUUGUUGGCCCGGUAUUGGGCUCUUAUGCUUUCUUCACUGAAACUUCGGAUGAUGUUGCUGCUCUGCAGCGUGUGCAGUGGGUUUACCUCGCCAUUGGCAUUUUCGUCUUCUGUCUGGCUGCUGUCUUUUUCUUUUCGAAUAUCCCUGAAGUGACCGAUGAGGAUAUGGCCUUCCAGGUUGCGCAGACUCAUGUUGAUGAGCAGGAUGAGCCGUUCUGGAAGCAUUAUAAGUUGUUCCAUGCGACACUUUCGCAGUUCACUUAUACGGGAGCACAGGUCGCAAUCGCUGGCUACUUCAUCAACUAUGCUACUGAGACCUGGCCUGGUACGUCCAAUGCCACUGCAGCCAAGUAUCUCGCCGGAGCGCAAGGCGCUUUUGCUGUGGGUCGAUUCCUCGGCUCGGGGAUCAUGAAGUAUGUCAAGGCUCGUUGGGUUUUCCUCGUUUAUCUGUCAUGCACGGUAGCCUUCCUUGCUGCAUCUGUGACGCAGACAAAGCAAGCCGGUAUUGCCAUGCUCUUCCUGACACUAUUCUUCGAGUCUGUCUGUUUCCCUACGAUCAUGGCUCUGGGUAUUCGCGGCUUGGGACGUCAUUACAAACGUGGCUCUGGUUUCCUCGUCGGUGGUGUUUGUGGUGGUGCUGUCGUGCCUCCGAUUCUGGGUCAUGUUGCUGAUAUGCGUAAUGAUACGGGGUUUGCGUUCAUCGUUCCUACCAUGUUCAUGGUUGUCGCAUGGACCUACGCAAUCGCCGUCAACUUUGUCCCUGCAUAUGUUAGCACGGUGGACAAGGUUGGUGAGAGCACGGUUGGACUUGAGGGUCCGGAUAAUAAAGAUGAAGAGGCUGUGAUGGGUACUCAUCAAGAGUCUACGGCUUUCGAUGAGAAGCACCAGGCUGUUCACGUGGAGCGGUAG